GGUCUAGCAGGUGGGGUGGUGGGGGCCGAAUAGCCCUUCACUCUGCCCCUUGGUCCCCAGGCUUGGACAAAUGAGUGAUGGGUCAAGGGGUCGGGCAGGUGGACUCAGCUCUGCCUCUAUCCUCCUGCUCCUCGUUCCUCAGAUGCCUGUCGCCCGCCGCUGCCUCUCCCUGCUGCUCCUGUCCGCCUGUGUGGCUCUGUUGCUGCAGCCACCGCUGGGUGCCCGGGGGGCCCCGCUGGAGCCGGUGUACCCGGGGGACAAUGCCACGCCGGAGCAGAUGGCCCAGUAUGCGGCCGAGCUCCGCAGAUACAUCAACAUGCUGACCAGGCCCAGGUAUGGGAAAAGAGACAGAGGAGAAACGCUGGACAUCUUGGAGUGGGGCUCUCCCCACGCAGCUGCCCCCAGGGAGCUCAGCCCGAUGGACGUGUAAUGCCACCGCCUGCUUCCUCUGGCUCCAAGGGCAGUGCCGGCCCAGCUCUCCCCUCUGCGCCCUUGGCAAUGGCCAAAGCUUGCUCCCCACUGCUCCUCCGCAGACUAAAUAAAGCAAAUCAAAGUCACAGCUUCUCUGUGUGUCUCUGUGGAC